AUGAUACCUCUGACUCGUAGACCGGAAGUCGCACCGGAUCCGGAGCCAGAGCCCGCAGAACUUCCUACAGAUGACUUAACGAAGACCCUGCCUGUAGAGCUCCUCAGCGCGAUCUUCCAUAUAUCACGAGAUAUAGAUCCUGCGCGUCUCAUCGAUGCGCCGAAGAACUCCUCCGAACAAGCUAUAUGCAGGGGCUCACGCAUCAACGCUGAGUUGUCUCCUUCGUGGCGUCUUCGAGGCUGGUUCGCCGUAACGCACGUUUGUGCCCGCUGGAGGACGCUGGCACUCGCUCGGCCGACACUCUGGGCCAUAGUCUAUCUCAACCUUGGUCCCAGCUGGGUCGAUACGUUCAUCGCGCGGAGCGACCCGGUUCCGUUCAUCUUCUUGACAGAGGCGAGAAAAGGGCAAUUCUCUUACUCUGGCGCCCCCGGAGGACUAGACAUUAUCCAGGCCGUCAUCGACAGUUCCCAACGUACCUUCGAUAAAGUUCUUUCCGAGCACGCCUCUCGCUUGCUGCAGCUCGAUAUAAAUGAUUCACUAUUGACCUCAGACAUUUUGGGUCUUCGUCCCAUCGAAGCUUUGCCAAAGAAGAUCUUCCAACGUUUACCUGCCCUCCAAACUCUUGUCCUGCAUGGAUAUGACAUGUCCAUCGAGUCUCAGCCAUGGGAGUCGUUUGAUGUCCCUUGCCUUCAGAAGCUCAUCCUGAGCGGUAUCAAAUCCUUUCCUUGGGAGAUGCCAAGUCUAGCUGGUCUUAGUUGCCUCGUUGUCAAAGGAUCAAUUGGGGCCCGCGGGAAUAACUUCCAGUGGUCGCGCUUGCGCGAUGCCCUGUCUCGUAUAUCAGAGCUGGAACAACUUCAUCUGGAGUUAAUGCCCAUCUCCAUAUACGAUGAGAUCACGAAGGACAAAGUGACCUUGCCCAGGCUUCGACGACUGGGGCUUCGGGAUCAGGCACACUGCCUGAAGUUUCUUCUACGUAUCAUCGAUGCGCCUGCUUUGCGUGGCAUGGACAUCUCGCAAUGUGUCGCUUUUGGCGGCACGGAUACUCCUCAUUUCGAUCAAAUCCUAUCUGCAUCCCUCAUGUAUCUGCCUUCCGAAUCCUUGACGGAUCUCUCCAUCGCAAUUGGACAUAGACGUACCUCUAUGAGGGUCUGUCAGAGCACAUUGGACGUUGGGCUCAUCUAUCUAUCUCAGAGCGAUGGAUACGAUCAUAUUGGUCAGGAGGCCCUUGUUCGCGGCCUUGACGCCACAGAGCCCUACAAACCUCUGCUGUCCCUGGAUGACAGUCUACCCGCAAGCAACAGUUACGUGUUGAACCUUUCGGUCACUGGGGCAAUAAGAGUGCCAUUGCCUCUUUCAGGUGUCAAUACGUUGCGCUUCGAUGGAAUCCUCUCAGCCCAGGAGAUUCAUGACGCAUUCCACACCAUGUUGAGUGUCAAGCAUAUCCGGGUUUAUAGUCAUGCGAGCCUUCCCGGGAUGUUCUCUGCCUUGGCCAUUACAACUCCGACUAUGCUUUUCCCGGCCCUGGAAUCCAUCGCGUUUGCGUAUGGAGAUGCAGCGUCGCGACAAUGGAUCUCUUCUGGAUCGGUUGAAGGGUUCGAGUCUUCUCCUCACCUCGAAUUAUGCAACCUCGUCCGCGCUCGCGCUACCUCCGGCAGACCAUUUCGCUGCCUGUACUUCCCUAGGUCCGAGAGUGUCAUAUCAGCUUUCGAGGCCUAUGCAUCAGAAGCAGGGCAGAAGUGCCCGGACGUAGUCGAGCUUAUCAAGGAGGAUCAGGUGAAGUAA